AGGUGACCGGUAUGUGGCAUGAGAUAUUUUAAAUGUUAUAUCGGAUUCUACAACACACCUACGCUAGGGGGUUUUACAUGGCCAUUUAACUUACCGAGCUGCACAUCUUCGGGAUGUGGAAGGAAACCAGGAAGCACACACAGGAAAUCCACACCAUCACAGGGAGAAAGUUCAACUUCCACAUAGAGAACACCGGAGGUCAUGAUUGAACUUGAACCUGGCUGUUGGGCGUUGGGAGACAGCAACUCGGCUAGAUGCCCUGCUCUUUGAAUUGACAUGUUGAAAUUUUCAACAUUUUUAAAUCUUAGCUUUGUCCUCCUCUGCUGGACUCCGAAUUUCUCCCAGUCCUCAGGUCUGGGAUCGGGUUAGAUCAAUCUUCUUGCAAAAUGUGGAAGAAAAUAUGAUCAGACUGAAAAGGGAUUUAACAGAAUAAUCAAAUGGAACGGAAUAUCAAAGUCUUGUGGAUUCCAAGUAAUUAAAACCCUUUUUGGUACCUUGUGUCAGAAGAGAAAUCUGCAGCAAUGUUGAAGAAUCCUGUCUUCGUGGAGUCGUUCAUUGUUUUCGUGAUUGUACUAUCCAUCCAUGCUGUAGUCUGGAACAAGUUUUCCUGGUGUACACUCGCUUUGGCUGUUCAGGCUUAUUAUGUCCAGCACAAAUGGGACCGGUUGCUGAAAUCUGGCAAUGCAGUUUUUCAAUACAGACCAGUUUUUAGCAGUGGGCUCCUGCCAGCCAGUGUGGUUUUGCCUCUUUUAGGAAUUGUCCUAAAGGAGAGGUGGGAAAUGAUUGGGAAUGUGCAGUUUGAGCAUUUUUGCAUUGUGUGUUCAGCUGCCGGAAUGGCCAUUGCUCUGUUUGUCUCAGUACUGGCUUUAGGCCUCACAAAACCAAUUCCAACUAAUACCUGCAUUGUGUACGGUUUCUCUGCCAGUGCCAUAACGUACACCUUUAAGCACGCCCUCUCUGUUUCCGAAGUCAUUGAAAUCCUGGAGGUGUUAUUGAUAUUUGUUUACCUUUCCCUCAUUGUCCUUUAUAUUAUGCCCAGAAGUUUCACUCCAGGAGAAGUGCUGGUGUUCUUAUCAGGGUUAAGCAUAGUGACAAACCAACUCAUCAAGCGUUCUUUGACUUUUGGGGAUAGCAGAUGUGAUCCUCUUGCUUCAUUCCUGUUGGUGGCUGUGGUUGGAACAGCUCUUCUUGGGCUGAUCUUUGCUAUUUUGUACUGUUUCAUGGACUCAGAGACGUGGGUUUCCUCACUCAUCUUCCACGUAAUGGCAGUUAUUUUUGGCUUGGGAAUCAUAGUACCGUGGUUCUACCGACUGACCAGAAGCGAUCUUUUCAGCUGGCUUCUCAAGUUCCUCACCAACACAAGAGGAAGGGUCUAUCUUCUCAGCUAUUGGUUCACGCUGGCACUUCUUGCCACAGCCAUUGUCUUUCACCAGAACCGUAAGCAAUCAAUUACAUCUAAAAAUUACAAAGCUUCCACUGUUGUAAGGAAAAGCUUUCACGUCAUUAUAGUGGCUACCUACAUCCCAGGACUCAUCUACGAUCGUCAGUUGCUCUACGUUGCUGGUGUGUUUUGUUUUGCUGCAUUUGUGGUGCUGGAAUAUGUAAGACAUUUUAGGAUUAAACCAUUUGGAAUGACAUUGAAAUCAAUGCUGGCCCUGUUUCUUGAUGAACGUGAUAGUGGCCCCUUGAUUUUAACACACAUUUACUUGCUGUUAGGACUGACCCUGCCAGUAUGGUUGUUCCCUGGAGUGUUUGUCUCCAAAGGUUCAUUUCCGGGGGAAGUUGCCUUGGCUCCAUAUGCUGGAGUCCUGGCUGUAGGAAUUGGUGAUGCCAUGGCCUCUGUUUUUGGAAGCACAAUGGGGGAGGUUAAGUGGCCUGGAACCAAGAAAACCUUUGAAGGGACAACGACCUCUAUCUUUGCCCAGAUCAUUGCUGUUGCCUUGAUUCUGAUCUUUGAUAAAACUGUGAGCCUAAACGGCAGCUACACCUGGAUUGUGGGAUCUAUCGCUAUUGUCUCCCUCUUGGAAGCUUACACUGAUCAAAUAGACAAUCUUUUUUUGCCUUUGUAUCUUUUCAUCAUGCUGAUGGUGUGAAGGAGAUAAUUGGCUAUAAUGCAGUGGUUCCCAGCCUGGGGUCCAUGGCAUAAAAAAGGUUGGGAACCCCAACUGUACUGACUUUUCAUUUAAUAUGUUAAUAUACUAUCAAUAUACUGUUGUUAUCAUCAACUAAUAUUUUGUAUCUAGCUGAAUUAGCUUAUUUUAUUCUGAAGUGAUCCCCUCAAGUUGAUGGCUGACUGAUAAAGUAAUAGUAUAAAUGGUAACUAAAAUACAAAAGAAAGUGUAAAGGUGUCCCCAGUGAUAAACAGGCACCGUAGCGGUUAGCGCAACACUAUUACAGCUCGGGGCGUCAAAGUUCAGAGUUCAAUUCCCAUGCCAACUGUAAGGAGUUUGUACAUUCUCCCCAUGAACCGUGUAGGUUUCCUCUGGGUGCUCUGGUUUCCUCCCACAGUCCCACGACUUACCAGUUAGUAGGCUAAUUGGUCAUUGUAAAGUGUCCUGUUCCUGUUACACCACUGGCAUUUAGGCCAGCAAUGAAGGUCCUCCAUCUCUAAUGGCGUUCAGGGCUUCCUUCAUCAUGUCAGUAGCUUCCUCUUGGUUCUCACUACUGUCAGUCAUCCAAGUCCUGGGUGGAGACUCAGCAACACCAUCGCACUCCGAUGGAGAAGGAUUCUUCAUUGCUGCUUCCAGAGCAAUUUUGUUUUACCAGUCAGGGCUGUUGGCCCUGAGCUGAGCCCCCAAACCCGGUGAAGAGGUUGAUCUGUCCUCUACCCUUUGACCUGUCUAACAUAUAGAGCCCUGACUCCAGCCAACAUAGGUCUCUGGGUCAUUGAGGCAUGCAAGCCUUCAAACCCAUUGACAAGUUUGUGGUCCUCUUGAGGGUCCUACGAUUAGACCAGUAUUAAGUCUUAAGUGAGCUGCUCUGUGGUGUGGCUGAUUGGGCCGGAAGGGCGUGUAUCCCUAAAUGGAUAAAUAAAGAGACUGUUGUAAACAGGAAAGCUCCCUGGUAUACAGUGAGCCAACUAGUCAUCAUGUUGCCAAGGGCGUGCUUAAAAAUAAAUUAGUCAGGGUACCUUUCCACAACAGGUAGAAUGUACAAAUAAAGAAAGACUAUCUUAUGUUUCAGGCAUUGGUCUAAAUUAAAUGGAUAAGUGAAGAAUCAUACCCCAAACAACAUGGUAAUUAAUCAUACUGUACAUGUAUCUCAACGUUAGUUAUUUUAUGCAAAGGAAAUGCUGAGUGCUAUUUUGCAGUUUCAUAAAAACAAAAUUUAAAUACUAUGUUCCAAUAAGUGAUGCAAUAUUGUUCAUCUUUAUUAGUCACGUCUUUUUUUUAAAAAAGCAAUCCAAAUGUAUUGAUUUGUUAAUAAAAACUACAGCUACAGUGAAGCGCAGCUAAUCAAGCAGUAUCUGAGAAGUAGAAAAUCUUUCUUUGUACUCCUCAAUCCCUGCUUCACCAUCUCCACAAUAGCAAAUGAAGAUGGAUGGGGAGAAAUCAUCCAAUAUUGACAUACUAUGUAUGACAAACCUGCCUGUCCAGAUAGAAGUCCAGUGAAUACAAGCGAUACAAGUCAAGUAAAGUGGAUUCUAGUUAAUUGUGACACAUCGGGACCAGUACAUUUUGGCCCAAUUAAAUGCCUGCCCCAAUCAACUGAAGUUUCAUGGAAGUUAAGGGUAUUUAAAAAAAAGACAAACUAUAUUUCAACUGGGUAGAAAUUGUGAAUUCAAAUGAAAUACAGAACAAAUUAGAACUCUGCCAGUACUAUAAUUCAGUUAGGUGAUUUUUUUUUUCAGCUAGUUUCGAAUCUUUUUGUGGCAUCAUGACAAAAGUCCGAAAGUCAAAAUUAAAAACAAAAUUAUCAAAAAUAAUUUUGAAUUGGCAUCCAUUAACCCAAAUUGAUAACAAGCAACAGGCAACUGAUGCUAAAAAACUGUUCAUUCUAAGCACGGCGUGGUGUCUAACAGCCGCACAAAUACACAUGACUGGCACUACUUAGAAACCAUUCAGCAACAGUCUCCCGUCCCAUGUAAUGGGCAUAUUGUCCCAAGUAAAUGAAUGAAAUCCCAGCUAUUUUCUCAAUUAGUUACUGCUCUUUAAGAGCUGUCCCAAACAAGUGGCUGCCCAGAUCAACCCAUGGACCAAUUAACCAGAAUCCACUGUUUAGCCAUCUUUGGGAAGGGAGGCCUAAAUUGUACACAAUAAUCUGGGUAUGUUUUCACAAAAGCCAAAUAUAAUUGAACUAGGAUAUCUGUAUUGACUUUGCUAAAUCAUAUCAUGGGUUUUUUCAGGGUUGGAAUUUCACAUCCAUUAUAAGAGUCUAGUUAAUAUUCCAGAAUUAUAAUUUGUCAAAUGUAAUUCACAGAAUGCAACAAGGGUACAGUACUUUAUUGUAUGAAUUUACAGGAAUACCAACAAAUUGAGCAUUAUUUGAGGCCGUGGUUGGAGAGUGUAUGAACCAAGAUAAAUAGUUCCCCUCGGUUAACCAUCUUUGUCUUCUUAUUUGAAUGAUGUUCUUUGCUGUGAAAUGUUUGUUCGUUUGAAGAGGUUUACUGAUUUUAAGAUACAUUUACAACUGUUUCUAAUGGAAUGAGAUUAGGAAAUUGAACAUUGCAUGUCCUGUAAAAUAGAUCUGGCAUGAAUGCAUUUACUUAUUUGUUACUUUGUUAAUAAAUGAUGAACAAAAGCCAAAUUUAAGAACAAAUUACUGCAAAUGCUGAGGUGAAAAUAAAUGUGUUAUGUUCUGAACAGAUCAUGCAGUGUUUUUGGAGAGAAACAAAAACAGUUAAGGUUUCAGGUCAUUGAGUUCUUUAGACAUGGGAAACGUUAGUAAUAACUUAGAAAUUGAAGGAAAAAAGAACAGGACUAUUGAAAGAGGAUGACAAGGAUAAGUGAAUAAUAAAGAUGUGAAGGAAAUAUAAAUGAGAGGUGAAUGAAGUACUAGAAGAGGGAGGAAAAAACAUGAAAACGGGAAACACAAGAAAAAUCUGCAGGUGCUGAAAAUCCAAAGCAACACACACAAAAUGCUGGAGGAACUCAGCAGGACAGGCAGCACCUACAGAAAAGAGUACAGUUGAUGUUUUGGGCCGAAACCCUUCAGCAGGACUGAAGAAAAAAAAAUGCUGAGGAGUAGAUUUAAAAGUUAUGGGGAGGGAAGAAAGAAACACAAGGUGCACAAGGCUGGAAUGAGUUAUGAUCUGCAAUCUGUUGAAUAACUGACGAUUCCCAAAGGCUGCAAUCUGCCAGGUUGGAAAUUGAGGAGUUCUUCGUGCUUCUAUUGAACUUCAUUGGCAGUAGAGGAGGCCAUAGAUCAACAUGGUGGAAUGGAAAUGGGAAAUCAAAAUUUCUUCCCAUCUCUUCUUGUGACAGAGAUCAGAAUUUAACACUCAUUUGGGAGACUGGUGUCAGGUCCGUGAAUAAUAAGACUUUCC